CCAAUCAUCUGCUUUGCCACAGCUUGGUUGACCUAACAUCCCUAUUUAAAACUGCAUCCACCACUAUCCCACUAAUGGCCAUUUACAUGACAUGUACUCCAUGAUCAGUAGUUGUGUGGUUCCACGUUUCAAAACUCAGCCAUGGCUGCCUUGAGGUGCUACUCAUCUACUGCUGCAAUCAUAGUCCCAAGGAGGAAGAUUUGCACAAGAGCUUCCAUGGAUGGCAGCUCCAGUUCCGAAUCCAGGCAACAAGCUUCUAGUUCGGUCAGCUUCGCCUGCAAGGUGAACAAGGUUUAUGAGGACAAAAACAUGGGCAUCCUCUGUUACACUGAUGAGAAUGGUGAAUUGGUGUGUGAGGGCUUGGAUGAAGGCCCGAGACUAACAUGGCGAGAUAUGGAGAAAUUGACCAAAGAGAGAGAAUCGAAGAACACGACAGAAGAUUGGCGGGAGAGAGCGCUGCGGAUCGCGGGCGGGAUCGACUGGAGCGGCCUUCAGUCUGCUGCUGCCACGGGGAAGAAGUGAAAAUGGAAGCUGGCUUGAAGCUUAGCCUCCCUGUAGAUCCAUUAAUCUCGUGGUGAUGUUUCAAGUCUUUGUAGAAACGCUGGCUGUUACUGUUAUGUGUAGAUCAAUCUCCACGGUUGCUUGCUUGCUUGAUCCGCAAUAAGUAUCUUAUGUGUGUAGGUAGGAAGGAUUGGAGAACACUGGGGGCUGAUCUAGCUGGUCAACUCCUACUCUUUGUCUCUCUCUGCUGAAUAAGAAAUGAUUUAGCUUCACCGCAAA